GGUUUUUUUUUCUCUGCUGCUAUAUGAAAGAAGUUUUUAUGUUUUAACAAACCUGAUUUAUUUUCGUUGUGCAGCAUGUUUAAAUUUUAUAGUGUGAAAAAUUUAAAACCACAUCCUCAGAGCAUCAAAGCUAGACUCCCUGACGUCUAUAAAAAAUAUGUUGAAGCUUUAAAGCAAGAACCUUCUCCAGUUCAUUAUAUUCCAGAGCCUAAUAAAUGGAUUCUUGAUCCUGUUACCAAGCAAAAAACACGAGUGGAAAACAGAGCAAUUCCUUUAAAGUUUCCAAAAGAAGCUGAUGAAGGCAUCUGGGGAGGAGAAGGAGUAAUUCAAGGCUUCACCAAAAAUAAACCCAAGCGAAGAAGAUUCCCAAAUUACUGGGUCCCUAAUUUGAAGAAAGCAGUUGUUUAUAGUGAGAUUCUCAAUGAGUACAUGCACCUUACAGUUACUGAAAGAACUUUAAGACUGAUUGAUCAAUAUCAUGGUUUUGAUAACUACAUUUUAUCUGUUCCUGUGUGUGACUUAAAAUCUCAACUAGCCAUUACACUUAGGAGAAAGAUGCUCCUAGCUUUAGUAAACAAAGAGAAAUACCAUGAGGAUGAAGCAACCAAUCAAGAAAUAUUUGACAGAUAUCAGAAAUUUGUGAUACCGAGAGAAGAAGCUGAAUGGUUUGGACUCACUGAGCGAGAAGCCAUUCAGAAGCAAAGGAUAUUAGAAGAAGAAAGACCUGUUGAACCUUUGAAGCACAAACUCAGGAUGAUGCUAAUUGAGGAGUUUAAAAGUACAAAAGAAAGUGGUGCAGAAAUAGAAGAACAUGAAGAGUUUGAAGAAAAGCCUGGAUACUUUUCUUGGAUCAAAAAGCUCAAUCCAUUUAUGAAAAAUUAAUUUAGAAAGCAUAUAUAUAUUUUUCAAUUCUUGACUUUCCUUGUAAAUAGCAUUUUGCAAUAAACAUAUGUAUUUCAGAUAUGC